GUAUUGCGCAUUGACGUCAUUGAUGGCCAUGGCGGAGAGGGUAGCGCGAGUUCUGUGGGCUGGUGGUCGUCUCGCGCUGACCUUAAGACACCGCCCGGGCCGGGAUCGGGGCCUCGCGCUCACCGCGGCCGUUAGACCCUGCCCGGAGUGGGGCCUCGCGCUCAACGCUUCCGUUAGGGCCUGCUCGGGUCGGAACGGUAGCGGCUUCGCCGUCCACAGGUUUUUCUGUACAGCUACUCGACAGAAAAACACUGGACAAAGCUACGAUGAUGACCAAAAUCAGACUCGGAAUGCAGACAAAGGAGAACCCAGCCCAGCAGAGAAAAUACUUGUCGAGGAAAAGAAUAAGCUGGAGGAGCAACUCAAGGACCUUACAGACAAGUAUAAACGAGCACUGGCAGAUGCUGAAAAUCUACGUCAAAGGAGCCAAAAGCUGGUUGAAGAAGCUAAAUUAUAUGGUAUUCAGGGAUUCUGCAAAGACCUAUUGGAAGUGGCAGAUAUUCUUGAAAAAGCAACAGAGAGUGUGCCGAAAGAAGAGAUCACAGGACAGAACCCCCACUUGAAGAGUCUUUAUGAAGGUCUAAUCAUGACCGAAGGACAACUUCAGAAAGUGUUCUGCAAGCAUGGUCUCGUCAAACUGAACCCCCUUGGAGCAAGGUUUGAUCCAUAUGAGCAUGAAGCUCUCUUCCACACUCCAGUGGAAGGAAAAGAGCCUGGUUCAGUGGCACUAGUGACCAAGAUAGGGUACAAGCUUCAUGGACGCACCCUUCGGCCAGCAUUAGUCGGUGUUGUCAAAGGAACAGAAUAACUAUGUUUAGGACGGACUGCAGUAUAGUGCAGAAAGGCCAUACAGUUCCAUUCUUUGGCUAAUGGAUAUUGUUUUUGUUUAUGUUUAUGAAGAAUUGAAAAUAAUCCCAAGUUACUAUACAAAAACUGAGGGUCUGCAGACUUGAAGAUGUUUCACAAUUAAGUGAAAUGAGAUUUUUUCUUCUGUUUUGAGUAUUGAUCCUCAAUAAAUAUUCAAAUCUAUUAACUGCCUCCCCACACAGUUUACAACAGACAUUGUACAUUUGGCUUUAGUUCUAGUUUAAUGAAAUCACCAUCUAGUUGUCUUUUGCCUCCUUUCUCCUGUCAACUUUAUAAUCUAAAAGCUAAACUAGUUUUCAUAACAAAGGAAAACACCUGUUCAAAGCAUCCAUUUGUAUGGUCUUAUGCGUAAGUAACUAUCCACUUUGUGGACUGUUUAAUAUUUUAUAUUUAGUCCUUAAAAUUGUGCAUUGUACACUGUACAAAAUUGAACUCAAUUAGUUUAAACAUUAGUUAGAAAACUGAUCAAGUUAUGAAAUAUUAAGUUUAAUAUUCCUCUAUGCUGUGUAAAUUACAGGUGCCAACCUCUUCUGUGGCAGUGUCACUCGUAAUACAACAUCAGGAAUUGAGAUAUAUGGAACUAUUCCCUGUAUAUUCUGUAGAUUACAAGGAAUGAUUGCAUAAUUGGACAGUUUUUCCCUCACUUGUGGAAAGCACAGAGAACCUAAUUACUUCAAUUGUUAAGGAUAUUACAAUUGAAAAAUAAAUUAGACCAAAUUAAACUAA